AUGGCUUCCGAUGCCUCCAGGUCUCCAACUGACAUCCUCUCCAUCUCCCUCACUACAAACCCCCUGAACAUCGUCUUCCCAGUGUGCCUGCUGCUCGCCUUUCUACUGCUGCACUGGCGCCGGAAGAGCAGCCCGACACUGCCGGAUCUGCCGUGGGUUGCGCGCAACGAUAGAGCAUGGGUCCUGUGCGAUCUGAGGACGAGGCUGUGGUGCUCCAUCAAUUACGAAGAGGCCUUGAGGAGGGCAUAUGAUCAGUAUGCCCGCCACAACAAGCCGUGCAUCCUCGCCACUCUCGAUGGCGAGGUCGUUCUGCUCCCGCCGUCCAACACAUCCUGGCUGAUCGCCCAGCCUGACAACGUCCUCAGUGUCAAUGGCGCCCACAAGCAUAUCCUACAGACCCGAUAUACUUUCCCCAAGCCCGAGAUUAUGGAUCCAACUGUUCACUUCGGUCUGUUUCCCCUUCUCCUUACUCUGGCGUCUUCGGUCCUUGGACCUGAAACUUGGCAUUUUCUUUCCCCAGUUGCACUCUAUUUGAACCUCGCUGACGCUUCAUGCCCCUUGCUAGACGUCAUCAAGUCCGAGUUGACUAGGCAGGUCUUCAAUGUCACGCCCGAAGUGUGCGACGAACUAGCCGCAGCAGUAGAUCAAAUCUGGGGCAGCGAAGCUGAUCCCGACUUUGAAUACUACCCUGACGCCGACGGGUGGAAGACCGUGGUGCUCUUCGACAGUCUCACCAAGAUCAUUGCCCGAAUUUCCAAUAGAGUCUUUGUCGGGCUUCCACUAUGCCGCCUGACACAGAAGAGCAUACAUCGUCCUCGAGAGAGCAUCGCCGUCCUCUUUAGAAGAAAAUUUGCAUCGGUAGUGUUCACUGUCCAAAAUGCUAAUCAAACAUGGCCUUCAGGUCGUGACGAGGAAUACCUCAAGAAUGCAAUCGGUUUUGCAGAAGAUAUUGCCUUUUCUGCAACGAUACUGCGACUCUUCCCUGGCAUACUCCGGCCUCUUGUCUCUCGGAUAGUGACAUCCUCUAAUCGUAAGCAUACCCGCGCAUACACUGAAAUCCUCACGCCCGAGAUUCUCCGGCGUCAGGGCCUCCAGGACGUAACCACCAGCGACUCCGAGGCAGAACACAAGAACAGCGAGACGGAGCGGCCGGGCGACACAGCAAAGAACGACUUUCUCCAAUGGCUGUUGACCCGAUCGCUCACCAAAUCGUAUCUGUCGCCGGACGAGGCAGACCCGCAGAUCAUCUGUGCGCGCCUUUUGCACGUGAACUUCGCGUCCGUCCACACGACCAGUUUCAUCGGCACCAAUGCCUUGCUGGAUAUCCUUGCCGCACCGCGCAACGAGCGUGUCCUGGAAACGCUGCGGCAGGAGGCCUGGGACAACAUGGAGCCAGACGCCGGAUCGGGACAGGCUUCGAGGAUGUGGUCGCGCACGGCUAUCGCCAAAAUGCACUACCUCGACUCUGCUCUUCGAGAAAGUUCACGACGCGCGAGUAUCAUAGGUGUGGGAGUGAACCAAAAGGUCGUUGCUCCGGGGGGCAUCACGACGCCCGAUGGGAUACAUGUACCCGAAGGAUGUAUGGUCGCCACGCACAGUUGGGGGUGCCAUAAUGACGAGACCCUUUAUGAGGGAGCCGACAAAUACAAGGCUUUCCGGUUCGUGGAAUUGAGAGACAGAGUCUCCAGUGGACUCGGGGAUGGUGAUAGAGAUAGAGCAGAUCGGGAGAAGGAGUACCUGGACAAAGCCCACCUCUCCUUCAUCGCCACCUCUCCCUCAUACCUCGGGUUCGGACAUGGUCGGCACGCUUGUCCUGGAAGAUUCUUUGCCGCGCAGGAACUGAAGCUGUUGCUCGCGUAUCUGCUCUCGCGGUACGAGAUCCAGAUGGUCAUGGAAGGGGGCCUUGGUGGGAACUGGAAUGGGAAGGGUAUUAGACCUGAAUGCUACUGGGCGGGACCGAACCACGUCCCGCCGAUGAGCGCCAAGGUGAGAGUGAGGAGACGGAAGGAAUUCCAAUAG